GGCCUUUUUUGCCUUGUUCAUCGAAAGCGAGAUUGGUACGCGGCUCGUGUGGCACAAUGCUGAUGGUCUCGUGGUUGGCGCUUUUCCCACUGGCAUGGGCUUCUUUGUCGAAGUACAAGAUGUACCAGGAUCCCUCCUGCUGCCGUUUUUCUGAGCUCUUCCAUACGGCCGACUGGGAGGACACCGAGACUCAGAAGCUCUUCAUCUCCCGCGCCUUAACCGCCGAGCGGCGCUUUUUUGCCCAGCCGGGCGUGAGCUUCGACCCCGACACGGGCAUGACCUACGACGGGCACGCGUUGGAUGCAGAGACGGGUGAGCUGAAGGAAGGGCCACCGCCUAGAGGACCUUUCGGCUUCAGCGCAGCCUCCAAGGAAGCGUUGCAUGUGAGUUUGUUGGCUUUGGCCUUGGAGAAGACCCAAGUGGGGGAAGACGUGGCUCCGCUCAUUUACAGCGACGAGGAGGCACUGGACAUCCUGGAGAAGAAGGUGACCAGUAUGGAGCUCAUGGACGCCGCGGAGCCCGGCUACGGCGGCUUCCUGCCGUGGUUUUGCUCACGGGGCGCCACUGAACGAGGUGCACGUCGGUGCUUGAACCCACAAGAGGAGGCCUCAAGGUUAGCGGCCACAAACGACUUCUUGGGCAAGGUCCCCGGCUUGGACAACGGACAGCUGGCCUGGGCGCUCUACGCGGUAAGCAAAGUUCUACGAUCCCGCGCUGAUGAGGGCCCGCGCUACGCCGCCUUGGCGCAGCGCUGGGAGCGGCGCUUGACGCGGAUGCGCUCCACGGCGGUGAACAUUUUCUAUGCGGGACGUGGCACCGGUGCCUUGCGCGCAGUGUCUCGCAUCAGGAAUACCACACACGAUGCGACGAACGCGUCGGGCUAUGAGACAGUGCCCGUGCAUCCGGCCUUCCUGGACGACGCCUACGAGGGCGAGUUGUUGGUCCUCUUCGUCGACUUGUUGGCCGAUUGGUCCAGCUAUCCGGAGAACGGCAAAGAGGAGAAAGAUAAAAUGUGGGAGAGGAAGCAGAUCCGUCUGAAGGCGAUCAACUUUACGAAUCCGCAAGAUGAUCGAAAGAUUACAGUGCAGGAAGGCUUCUGGUUCUCGAGCCACGAGCAGUGGAAACUGAUGGUGCUUCCCUACUUGGAGAUUCCUUUGGUGAAGCAAGUCUUUACCAACGUGGAGUUCGUGCGAGUGGUGAACUCCAUCCACCAUGAGAUCCCAGGGCUUUUCGCCUCCAGCCAUGCGCCGCCCAACGUGGAAUGUGGGAGCUUGGGCGGCUAUUGCAACGCCGUUGGCAUCCAGGAGGUGGCCUCGCAAGAAGUCCGCUGGGAUCAGAGCGUCUCACCUUAUGGCGCCUAUCCCGUGAUGUUGGUGGAUUUACCCGCGGGCUUGGCCUGGUACAAUACCAUGCUGUCGCUCCCAAAGAUGCAGACAGUCACGGGCAGCGUGGAGAGCUCCGACGUCUUCGGCACGUCCGUGGCGUCGAUCCUCACCUGGGACACCAAGGUCACCUCGGUCCUAGCAAUGCUCCAGGGCACAGGACCUUUGAUCAGCCGCCUUCUGAAAGAGGAUGGCUUGAAGGAGCAAUUCCAGGAACGUGUGGGUGACUUCUAUGGUGAGAAGUUCUCCAAGAUGCAAACUCUCAGAGAUCCCCAUCUGCCACUGCCACCCCCUGCACUGCUGCCCUCGCACUGGGCCGACAUGAAUGCGGCGUUCCCCAGUUGCCGUUGCAAUCUCGUGAAUGGGACCCGCAGGCUCUCCGAGAGCCUUUUCGUAUAGCUGGGUGCCCUGGUUGGUGCCCUGGUGCGUGCAGGCCGGACCAGGCGAACGCCUUGGAGCGUCAUCCGCAGCGCUGUUUCUCCGCGAAAGCGAAGCGGAAUUCGCGUCGCAAAGAAACAGCUCCACUGGUGUGGUCGAGUCCGUGGGUUCCUUUUUUGAGCUUGAAGCAAUGUGCUUGCAAUCUCCUGUGUAGCCAAUCGCUGGGACCCGGGCGUGCCAUGACAGCGCAGCGUGAAAGGCCUG